AUGUCAUCUCCAUCCAUUCUUGAUGUCCACCAAAUUCUCCUCCUCGGCCCACUCGUAUCCUUCUUCGACGCUGCCCUCUCCAACAAGUUCCGCUUCCUUAAGCCCUGGGAGUCGUCGCUGCCACUCUUCGAUUUCCUCGCGGCCCACGCGGUCUCCGUCCGGGUUCUUCUCUGUUCCGGUCAGUCCUCGGUCGACGAUGACGUCCUCGCCCGCCUCCCCGCCCUAGAGCUCCUAGUCGCCUCCAGCGCUGGCGUCGACCACAUCGACCUGGCCGCCUGCCGCCGCCUAGGGAUCUCAGUCACCAACGCGGGCUCUGCAUUCACCGAUGACGCUGCCGACUACGCCGUCGGCCUUUUGCUUGACAUCCUGCACCACAUUUCUGCCUCCGAUCGCUACGUCCGCCGGGGCCUUUGGCCUCUCAACGGUGAUUACCCUCUCGCCUCCAAGUUGGGUGGGAAGCGAGUUGGGAUUGCUGGGUUGGGCAGCAUUGGCUCUGCAAUUGCGAUCCUUAUAAAUUCAAUUUUAGUCUUGUUUAUUUUUAAUGUGGGAUUAAUCAGGAUGUUACAAGAUGUUUAUAAGUUGAUGUGA